AUGGCAAGAAAAAGAGCUAAGAAAACUGUAAAACAAGUUGCCUUGUCACCAGGGACCGAUUUCAAUGUGGCGGAGGCAAAGGAGCCCCAGAAUGCGAAACAAGAAGCUCAAUUCACAGACCCAGAUGUUGAGCGGCAAAUUUCUGCCAUUAGGGCUAUUCGUGAUGUUGAGACUGAACAUCUCCUGACUAAUUUGCGUUUGCUUCGCUCCUACUUCAACAAGGAACAGCAGCGAACCCCUCUAUUGCAAUAUUUUAAAGAGAACUUUCAAAACCUGUCGAUUGUAAGAAAUGGAGAAAAUGGACAAAUGGAAGUGCAAUGGAUUGAUAAAGAUGGCAAUGUAUCCAUGAAUGAUGGAAUGGAUUUGCAUGAGACUCUUCUUCGCCGGUUGUCCAUUGCUUAUUCUGGUUGCUCUGCUGCAAUUCCAUCUCUUGGUGGCUUUGAGUUUUCUAGUAAAGCAGAUAAAACAAGCCUUCUGGGUGCUGAUAAUCUGCAGAUCAGCGACUUUGGUUUAGAGGAGCCAUUUGAUACUCUGAUGCUAGGAAAGCAAGAUACUCUCCAAACUCCUGGGGUGAGUAGCCAGAGGCUGUCUAUUGGGAUGACACCCAAGACGCGAAGGCUUCCGAAGCCUGGGGAGAUGCUCUUAUCUGUCCAUGGCUCACCCCUUGGUGUUUACAAGGAAGACAACAUGGAAGCCAUACAUGGUAUGAUCCCUUCCAAUGAAGUCGGAAGAGGGAUGACUGGCUUGAAUUGGCUCAAGUGGUCAAUCAGGAUUCACGACUGUGCAUUACUUGCCAAUCCAAGUAAUUUCCCAACAGAAUCGAACAUGAACGUUGAUUUAAGCCAGAGCAUAGUGAUAGACUACUCGGUUUUACUCUCAAUUCAUUUCUAUCCACCAACAUUGCUUUGA